AUGACGAUCUGUACUUAUAACGCACGUACGCUUGCAUCGGAAGCAGCCAUCGAAGAGCUGAUGAUGCAAGCCAAGAAGAUCAAGUACGACGUCAUCGGACUGACCGAGACGAGACGACGUCACCCUCUCAACGCCGUAUAUGAAACUGGAGAAGAACUGUUCUUAGGAACAUGCGACUGUAGAGGUGUUGGUGGAGUUCGCGUCCUCGUCAACACGAGAACGGCAAAGAACAUCGACUCUUUCGAACAACUUACGACCCGAAUCGGACGUCUGCGGAUAAGAAGAUGUGGUCCAAUACCAGCUUUGACUAUCUUCGUCGCUUACGCUCCAACAUCAAGCUACGAAGAACAAGAAAUCGAAGCUUUCUAUAUGGACGUAGAGAAGCUCUACAGAGAAGAUCAUACUUUCUAUAAGGCCGUAAUUGGUGAUUUCAACGCCAAAGUUGGCCCCAGAAGAACGCCUGGAGAAUUUCACACCGGAACACAUGACCUUCAGUGGGAUGAGCAGGGAGAGAGGCUUUCAGAGUUCAUCAUGACGAAUAAGACCAUCCAUGGGAACUCGCAAUUCCAGAAGCCCUCCUCUCUACGUUGGACGUGGGAGUCACCCGGUGGAGGGUACCGUAAUGAAAUAGACCACAUCAUUGUCAAUAAAAGGUUCUGCCUGACGGACGUCGCUGUUGUACCAAAGUUCAAUACGGGAUCGGACCAUCGCCUCCUUCGAGGCAGAUUUUCCUUCACAAGGAGAGCAGAGAAAGCCGCCAAGUUCAGAGGGAGAAAUCCCAGGACUAUCAUCAACUGGGAUCUCUUCGCUACGUUAGCCGGCUUUUGGGAAGAUUCUGCAAUGGACAACAUCGACGAGGAAUGUGACCGGCUCGUUGAACACCUUCACGACUGUGCGAAGAAGGCUGAGAGUUUUAAAACCACCAAGAGACGCCUGUCUCUUGAAGCUCUUGAGCUGAUACGCCAGCGUGGAGCAGCACGAACCGCAGGGAACCAAGCACUCACGUACGAGCUCGCAAGGCUUUGCAGAGAGGCGAUAAAGGAAGACCUUAAAGAGAGAAGAGCAGAAGUGCUGGCUGAAGCUGCAGAGGCGGGGAAAAGCGUCCGCUAUGCCCGUCGGGACUUCGCCAGUCACAAGACGAGGAUGACUGCUCUCCGGAACCCAAAGGGAACAGCCAUUGCGUCGAGAAGGGGGAUGGAGAAAAUCAUCUACGACUUCUACUCUGAUCUCUUCGACAGCCAUGUCCACUUGCCUCCUCACCGCCUGAGGGAAGAUGGACAAGUCAUUCCAGAGGUUCUCCCGUCCGAAAUACGACAUGCUAUCAUGUCGGUAAGAAAUCGUACGGCACCCGGUCCCGACAGAAUAAGACCAGAACACCUGAAGAGCCUUCCGCCAGUACUCACCAACACCCUGGCGAGGCUCUUUACACGUUAUCUGUCGGAAUGCAAGGUUCCUAAACAGUGGAAGACCAACAAGACCGUGUUGUUGUAUAAAAAAGGAGAUCCACAUGACAUCGGCAACUAUCGUCCAAUCUGCCUACUGUCCGUCAUCUAUAAGCUCUUUACAAGAGUGGUCCUUAAUAGGAUUGAAAAAGUCCUGGAUGAAGGACAGCCAUGCGAGCAAGCAGGGUUUCGAAAAGGAUUCAGCACGAUUGACCACAUUCACACUGUUUCGAAACUCAUCGAGGUAUCACGAGAGUACAAGAUGCUGCUCUGUCUCACCUUCAUCGACUUGAAGAAGGCCUUUGAUUUAAUUGAGACGGAAGCGGUCGUGGAAGCCUUGGACAACCAAGGCGUCCCUACUCAGUACAUAAAGGUACUUCGAGAGUUGUACAGUAACUUCGCGACCGGAAUUUCGCCAUUCUACAAGAACAUCAUCAUUGACGUGAAGAGGGAGGGUCCGACAGGGUGA